AUUUUCACAGUAAAUCAUCCCACUUGCGUCUCGCGUGCGGCUACCCCUCCUUUUCCAUCGCCAACCAAAACCCCCAAACUCCGCCAUGCUAAAAAGCAACCCACCCCGGCGAGUGCUCCAGAACGUGAAGUCACGAACUCUGCGAGCAGCAUUCCCAGGCCCGAACCAUGUAUGCAAACGACACCAGAGCACCAAACCCAGCGCACCUCAAGUAAUAUUUUCCGGGAUCCAACCCACGGGAAUCCCACAUCUCGGAAAUUAUCUCGGGGCGUUGAAAAAUUGGGUACGGUUACAGGAGACGGCGGAGCCGAGUACGAAAUUAUUUUACUCGGUUGUGGAUUUACAUGCGAUUACUGUGGCGCAGAAAAAGGAGGAGUUGAGGAGGUGGAAGAGGGAGAGUUUGGCGACGCUGUUGGCGAUAGGUUUGGAUCCGGAGAGGAGUACGGUGUUUUUUCAGAGUUCGGUAGGUGCUGUGUGGGAUUUGUUGUUGGUGUUGUGCUGUGUUGUGGGAGGGAGGAAGUAGUGGGGGCCGAGGAUGCAUUAAGGGGUUUUGGAGUGAUUGGUUGUGAAUAGGAUAGAGCUGAUGUUUUAUGUGUGAAGGUUGCUGCGCAUGCGGAGUUGAUGUGGAUAUUGAGUUGUACGGCUUCGAUGGGAUAUUUGUCUCGUAUGACUCAAUGGAAGGUUUGUCUCUAUCUCACUACCCUGGUUUUGCAUAUACUUUAUUUGGUCAUUCCACUAACAUGUGACAGAGUAAAUUAUCUCUCCAAGAUGAUGCUUCACCACUAGAUGGUGGCAACAAAUCUAAGCUCAAAUUGGGAUUGUUCUCGUACCCUGUCCUGCAAGCUGCGGAUAUCUUGGUUCAUAGGUAUGCUUAGUAGAUAUCUACCCAUUUCAUCAUAUCUUGCUUCCUGUUUGUGUUGUUUUGGUCAGGAGAGCUAAGCUAAUACUAUGCACAAGAGCCACCCAUGUUCCAGUCGGCGAAGAUCAAACCCAACAUCUUGAAUUCGCUCGUGAAUGCGUCACGAAUUUCAAUCAUGCAUAUGGACCCCAUCUCAUUGAACCCCAAACCAUUCUUUGUAGGUUUUCUUCUUCCCUUUCAUUUCUCGUCUUAUCGUCACUCUCCAAACUCCCUUUCUUCUUUUCAAAGCUAACACCGCCAGCCCCAACAAAACGCAUAAUGUCCCUCCAAUCCCCCACCCAAAAAAUGUCCAAAUCACACCCCUCCCCGCUCUCCCGCAUCCUCUUAACCGAUUCCCCGGAAACCGUCACCAAAAAGAUCUCAUCCGCCCUUACGGAUUCCCACAACAGUGUUUCAUACACUCCUUCUGAAAGACCCGGUGUUGCAAACCUCCUUACCCUAUGGUCAUCAUUCGACACCCAAACGGCGAAAAGAACAGCGGCGCAAAUAGCCGAGGAAUGUGUGGUGAAGAACUUAACUUUGAAAGAUUUGAAGAGAGAAACAGCUGAUGCGGUGAAUGCGGGAUUGGAGCCGAUUAGAAGGGGCUAUGAGAGGGUGUUGGGGGAUGAGGGAUAUGUUGAGGAGGUGGCGAGGAAGGGGGGUAUCAAGGCAAGAGAAAAUGCGGAGGAGACUAUGGCUAAGGUUAGAGAGGCUGUGGGGUUUUAGCUGGGGUAAAUAUAAGUGAGUGUUAAGGAUUGUACAGAAUAGGGAAAUGGAUGUAAAAGGUAUUCAUGUGUAAAGGAUGAGACACCCCUGGGGAAAUGAAGAUGGAUAGAUGUCUUAGAAUUAUCUCCUGUAUCAUACCAAGCAAACUAAAGAAUUUGCAUCGACUACAUACCAU